AUGGCUGAAGCCAGCCGUGAAUCAGCUAUAAAGUGUAUUUCAAAGCAAACUUUUGAAAAAAAAAUUUUUUUUAGCUCUUUUCAGGAAUUGUUUAGCUCUGAAAUCUUUGAAGCUUCAACUUCUAUCAGAAGAUUUUUACUUUUUUAUUUUUUUUCAGAAUGUCCCUUAAGCUUCUGCUCCUUGUCUUGUGCCUCUUCUGCACCACGGCUGCCGCAAAAAGAUGCGAGGAAGGAUCAAUUGUGAGUUAUCAAUGUUGUACUUUUACAAGGGAGGCUUGGAAUUUUUUGCUCAAAAUCUCUCUGAAUGUCUAGAUGGGCCCUUCAUAAGACCUAACUUCUAGUUUUUGAGAUAUGAUUUUUCAAAGUUGUGAAAAAUGGGCUUUAGGCCUUACUUUUUGACCUUCAAAAUUAAUUAUCUCGAAAACUAGAAGCUGGCGCGGGUUGCAACUUUGAUGGAUCUUACUAUAAACCUUCAGAAAUUAUUUUGUUUGUAGAAAAUUCCAAGUCGCGAAGUGAAAUGACCCCCUUGUGAGGGAAGAAUAAAUAAAUGAAAAUUUUAGAUACCCACUACAUUUUCCUUGCCACUUCGCGUCGCCCUGGCCGGACUUCACGACUUGGCCGAAGUUCUUCACGAUCAGGAGAUAAAUCUUCAAAAAUGUGUUCCGAGGACGGAAGAAAUUCGAAAAGAUAACAGCGAGCUGUGA